ACUUAUAUAGUGACAAAAAGGAAGAAACUCUAUGAAACGUUCUUAGAAGAAAAGCACUACCAAAACAUUACACUAUCAACAAGAGUGUCAAAAGAGCUUAAUUUUUUAUUUGCUUAAAUUUAUGUUAUUUUCAUCAAUUAAAUUGAAAUUUUCGAUACUAAUCUAGCUAAUAAAAUUGUGUAGGCUAGUUGCAGCUAAGGAGUCAUAAUUUUUGAAGCUUAUAAAGAUAACUCAGGAUCAGAAGAGUCAAAAAUUAAAGUGGUGUUUAGAAAUAAAUUUUUAUUUUCUUUAAAAAAAAAAAAAAAAAACUUCUGAGGAGUAAUUUCAAAAUCGUCUAUAGUUUAAGGGGUCUCUACAAUAAAAUAGUUGGGGACAAAGAAUCAAUCACCUUGGAGCUCUAUCGUCGUCGUCAUGAUCGCGCAACGAAGCAGCUCCACGAUGCAAGGAGUUCACCACAUCCUCCUCCUCUCCUCCAGAGCAAAACCAAAACCCAAAACCCUCUCCCAACCCCUCAUCCAACGCCGCACCUCCUCCUCCGCCGCCGCGGACUCGCCGGAGCGGGAGCGGUGGGAGCGCCCCUUCACGCUCCACAGGGCGCGGGGGCAGCACCUGCUCGCGAGCCCGCGCGCGCUCGACGCCGUGGCGCGCCGCGCCGGGGUCGGCCCCGGGGACACCGUGCUCGAGGUCGGCCCCGGCACCGGCAACCUCACCGUGCGCCUCCUCGCCCUCGCGCGCCGCGUCGUCGCCGUCGAGGUCGACCCCCGCAUGGUCGACGCGCUCCGCGACCGCGUCUCCCGCCUCGGCCUCCUCGACCGACUCACCGUGAUAUCGGGCGAUGCGAUGAAGACUGAAUUCCCAGAAUUCGAUCUAUGUGUGGCGAAUAUUCCGUACGGAAUCUCUUCUCCUCUAAUUGGGAAGCUUUUAUUCGGGCCGUGCCACUUUCGGAGCGCCACGCUUCUUCUGCAAAAGGAAUUUGCGCGGCGCCUUGUGUCCGUCCCAGGUGAUUCAGAAUACAAUCGAUUGGCCGCGAAUGUUAGGUUGGUGGCGAAUGUGGAGCUACUGAUGGAUGUGAGCAAGAAGGACUUUAUUCCUUGCCCCAAAGUGGACUCUUCGCUUGUCAAAAUCCGGCCUAAAGCCGAAGUCCCUGCAGUCGAUCUCGAUGAGUGGUUGGCUUUCACAAGGACUUGUUUCAGUAAGAAGAAUAAGACUCUCGGCGCGAUCUUCAAGCAGAAGAAGAAGAUCAUAGAGCUCUUUCGAAGAUCUCAUUCAGAAAGGCAAGAAGACAAUCGAAGAGUUAAUGGUGGAUGUGAUGAUUUGGACGAUGAUGGUGAAGACGAUGAUGACGGUUAUGCCAGGAGUAAGAUCGAAGAAAAAGUGGGGGAAGAUGCUAGUGAAGUAAGCUUGUUUAAGAAGAAGAUUGUUGGGAUAUUAAAUGCUGGGGGAUUUGGCGAGAAGCGACCUUCAAAACUAUCUAAUGAAGAGUUGUUGCAUUUGCUUCAGCUUCUCAACCAAGAGGGUGUAUUGUUUCAUUAGCAAAGCUUGCAAAAUUUCAAGUUUGCUGCAACAGUGAGAAGCAUAAAGGGCUGCCUCUAGCUUGUUAACUAAUCAAGCACUUAAGUAGAAACAUCUUCUUUGUUUGUGGAAACAACCGCUCUUUACUACGGGUCAAAUGGUAAAUCAUUGCCUCUUCUUUUUUGAGCUUAA